AUGCCGAAUGUCCUCGUAAACGGCUGCUUUCAACGCGUCCUCUUGAACUUGGAUGGCACGACGGUCCAUCGCAUCCUUGUGCAUCGCGACUUUCCGCUUUCGACUCUGCAGCCACUUGCACAUGCAAAAUGGAUCUCCGUGUACAUCGCCGAGCACUCGCGUUGGUCUGUCUUCCCCACGCCGAUGCACUUAAUGCCAUGUGGGCAACGCUUGCAAGUGGCGCUGGACGGCCAUUCCUUACAUGUGGUCCUGGGCUCCAAUCACCCCGUAGAGAUGUUCGGUCAUGGACGAUGCCGAAAAGGCCGGCGCGACGCGUGGAAAGCCAGCGAGGUGACCCUGUGGACCACCCACGUGAGUCUUGUCUUGUCAGUGAACAACUCGGCGAAAUCCAUUCAAUUAGUGAACCUCCAUGUUGGAGCGACAGAUGCCAAGAGAGUGCAAACACAACUGCACUUUGCCCACAAGAAGCGACCCCAUCAAGUCGUUGUCGUUGCGUGGGCCGCAGCAAUCGCCCACAACGUCCACGAGGUUGAGCGCAAAUACCAGACAAUCCUGCCCCCGACGUCGUCGCAACGCUCUGUGACGUCGCGCAAGUUUGCGCUCACUCUGGACACUCGCCACCACUUGCGCAAGUUUCACGCCUUCCGCCUCACGGAAGCAUCAAAGCAGCAGUGUUGCAGCCCCGCCGACAAUCGAUAUCGUCGAACCACGUUUCAUCAGGAUACCAGCGUCGCGUUUGAUUCCAACAACCCGUGGGUUGUACACCUCACGGCCCCUCGAUGCGCGGGUGGCUGCGGCAACGUUAUCGAGACAGACCAAUUGACGUGCAAUCCAACAUGCGAACGCCGCGCUGUCCUGCUUGGCACCGCAGUGACGGCGGCCUUCUCCGAUGAGGCCGUGCUGCCCUGCACCUGGUGCCGGAACCGUCCAUCGCAAGAAGAAACCCAUGACGUGGACCCCCCAAGCGGCCCACGGGAACUUGUGCGCGACGCGGGGGACGUGGUGGCCAACCUCACGCAGUACAUCGUCGCAUAUCGGCAGCACGUGCUCUGGGCGUGCGGGGAGUGGCUGCAAGCAUGGGCACACACUUGCGUCGCUCAUCGAGACCCAGACAAGUUUCGACAGCGGAUGGCUGCCUGGGCCAACGUACUCCCCACUGCCCCUCAGUAUGGCCUCGCGAAGGAGUUUGCGUCUAUGCGUUGGGACGUAGUUUGCGUCUAUGCGUUGGGACGUAGCGUGCAAUCCCUCCGCUAUAUGGACGACGAGGUGGUGCCGUACCUCAAAUUGCACCACCUCCUUGCGUCAGCCAAAGCCAUCUUCGACCUGCAUGCCCAUGCCGUUAGCGGCCAAGCCGACGCCGCGUCGCGCGCGCUGUCGGCCGACGAUUUCCUGCCCGUGUUUAUCUUUUGCGUGUGCCAAGCAUUCCUGCGAUCACCACUGGCCACGCUCGAGUGUAUGUGGUCGUUGUGCAGGGAAGACCCGUUGAAAGGGGAAGUUGGGUUCUACUUGACCAUGCUCGAGGCCGCUCUCGAGUACAUUCGGACCUACUAACUAGGGACUGGAUAUCAACAAGCUGGUCGUGUUGGUGAUAGAGAGAGUGGGGGGGGGUUCUAAUUAAAAUUUGGCCUUGCGCUGCUUGCCUUGCCUCGCUGUCUUGGACGUCACUUUCGGGGGUGGUUUCGGGGCCCGUUGUUCGUUCGUGAGCCGCAGCGGUUGGAUGAUCUUGCCGGCGCGGGUCAUCACUUCCGGGACGGUCAUCGCGUUGGACGCGCGCGCCGUGUUCCAGUCGCUGCCCAGCGGAUUCCGCAUCGCCAAUUCAUACUGUUCGCGCGACGUGAACGGGUACGGCACCGUGUUGACCAUGAACUUGGCCGCCUUCUUGUCCUUCUUUUCGUUGAUCAGCACCGCGUCCAUCUUGUGGUCCUUGCGUUUGGCCAGCGCAGCCGCCUUGGCUUCCUGUACCGUACGGUGGGCCAAUGCCAGCCGUGCGUUCUGCCGCUUGGACGGCUUGAUGCCUUCGCCGGCCCAGCUGCCCCACCCUUCCAUGCCCGUCAGCCGCGCGACUUCGGCGCCGACCUUGACGUCGGCAUCCCGCGCGGCGAGCAGCUCCUUCUCCUUGGCAAUCUCGUUCUCUGUGUCUUCUGCAAACGCAAACGCUUUGCGCACGAGCUCCUCUUGCGCGGUGGGGGGUUGUUUGCUUGUUGAUGAUGAUUUGGCCUUCUUCUGGGGCGCGUCGUCCGCUUCCAGACCGGCUGCGUCACUCGACACGUCCUUUCGUUUCUUGUUGAUUGCAUUCAACGGCAUCAGCGGCGUGACGGGAUGGUCCUUGUCCGCCGUCGAGACGGCCGCCAGCGUCGCCACGGCGGUCGCCACGGAUGCCGAUCCCUCGCUCUUGUGUUUGCCAUGACGUUUGCGGCGCUUCUUGCCCACCUUUGACCCGCUGAGCCACGGGUUUUCUUCGGGCACGGCGGGCGUCCCCACCGCCGCCACUGCCUCGUCGGCUUCCGCUUCGGUGUGUACGGCCGCGGCGGACUGUCCGUCCCCGUCAAAGUCGAUUUUGAUGGCCGACGCCACACGCGUCUUGUGUGACUUGUCCAUCAUCACGGCCUUGGUCUGUAGCGAUCCCUGGACCAUGUCCUUGUCGACGAUCUUCCGGUCCGCCGCGGUCACUUUGGCCUUUUUUUUCGGCGGGGACUUGGUCGCCACGUCGUCGUCGUCCGUCUUGUCCCCGGCAUCGUAGUCGUCGCCGCGGAGUUCCUUGAGCAGAGCCUCAGCCUCGUCGAGAGCGCGUUCGCGCUGCUUCUCCACCGCCUUCUGCAUGAACUUCAUGCCUUGCAAUCCCUUGACCUUAUCGGUGGAGUGCCCGUCUGCUUCGAUGUCCAUGACAAGCGCCGCCGCCUUCUUCUGCAACCGGUGCUGCAGCUUCUCAGUCUCGGUCAUGCCGUCAAGAUGUUCGGCAUCAUCGUCGCUAUUGUCACUAUCGUCUUCGCUGUCGGGGUUGACCGACUGCAUCUUCUUGCGCAGGUCGUCGCCGCGGCGCAGCUGAUCGGCGAUCGCCGAUCGCGUGCCCUGGUCCGCCCCGAUGCCGCGGCCCAACUGGUGCUUGACCCACUUGGACGUGUUUGUGUGCUUGAGUGUCAUGCGUUCUUCCGCGCGCUUCUCGGCUUCGUCCGCGUCCAUCUGCGCGGCAAACUCGGGGUCGAGCUCCCGCAGCGCCAUGCGUUCCUUGCGGUCCUCCUGCUUAUUGCGGAUCUUGUGGUACAGUUUGCUCUUGAUCUUCUUGAUGCGCUUGUUCUUUUGCUCCUGGUAAAACAUCAUGGCGCGCAUCUUGGCGAGCUCGCCCUGGCGCGCGCGCACUUCGUCUACCGACACCUCGUUGGCCGCCAAUUCCGCGGCUUCCUCCUUCAACAUGGUCUUGUCGCUCCACCCACUCGCCUCAAGCAGCGCGGCCACGUCAUUCUCCAGCGGCUUCUCCGGCACAAACUUGGACGUGAGCGACGCCACCGUGAGGUUUUCCACGCGCUGUGUGCCCUGUGCGCGAAAGUCCAGAGUUUCCUUCUCGCGGUUCGCCUUGACUACCGGCUGAAACACAUCCAUCUGCUUCUUCUUGUCCGUGUACGCCACUUUGCGCGACGCGCGGGCCUCCACGACGGGUGCGGCGGGCGCCUGGAGCUUGCUGUCGUCCUUUUCGAGGUGUGCCAGCUGCUGCUUGAGCGACUUCACGGCGGUCGAGCUUUGCACCGUGUCGUCGUCGUCACCGUCGUCGUCACCAGGCAAGCCUGUGAUGGACGCGCCAAGAAGUCCUUCCAAUGUCAACGCCGACCCGCCCAACUUUUUACUAAACGCGGACGGCGCCACGUCCUCCGACGUUUCGGCGUGUGUGAACUUGCGCUUGGGCCCUUUGGCGGCGCUGUGCACCAUUUUCAAAAGGGACGCAUGCUUUUCGUCAUCGUCGUCGUCCUCAUCAUCGCUGGAAUCGUCGCCGGAAUCGUCGGCAGUGUCCAAACGAGAUGCGGGGGCCGUGCCCAACAUGUCGGACAGCAAGUCCCCUGCGUCCUCGUCCUCGACGUCGUCGUCCACAGUGUUGUCGUCCGAGUCUGCUGACGACUUGCCUCCUCCCUGUGCAUUCGCCUUCUUGUUUCCACCGCUGAAAAACGUGCCAAACGUGGCGUCGUCGUCCGAGUUGAACGCUUCGUCUUCGUCGAUUUCGCUGUCCUGAUCGCGGCUGAUCUUCUCGGGGGCCUCAUACUCGUACACCCCAUCCACGUCCAUGCGAUCAUUCUCACGCUGCUCCUUUAAGUCGUCGUGGGUGUCGCCAUGUUCAUACACAUCCAGCGGCGCCUUCCGCUUCGCGGCUCCUUUGCCUUUCCCUCCUUUCCGAGCCAUCUUGAAGUAUCACGAAUGCCACGACGGAUCUCAACUUGACCAAUGAAACCUGGUAUCCGGAUAACACAACCAUUUUGGUUGGUGUGGAGCUCGAGCACUGCGCAUAAAAAUAGUCGACUUCCCCUUUUGAAAAAUA